AUGGAGAGGAUCUCCGUGUUUUCACUCUGUAGCAUUUUCCUUUUGAUUAGCUACUGUGGAUGUCCCAGUGGAGCGAAGAAAAAGAAAGAUUUGGAAACCAUUGUAGAGGUAUAAUCCAGUAAUUAUCAGCGCCGCUAUUUUAUUUAUAGACAGAAACUUUGGGUCUUUAUUCUUUUCCACGUCGCGAUCUUCUUUGAAAAGCAGAAGAUCCCAGAAAAAAUGUCCUGAAAAACGGUAAUUUAAAGCGCUAUCACUAUAAUCUAGCCUGUGUGCAGAAGUCUCCCGUUUUGCUAUAUAUAUAGUAAUUUGUUCCAGGCAGGGUUUUUUAUACUUAUAAAGUUUCGCCUUUAUCAAGGUUUCUCUGAUUCGCAAAAGUCGUCCUUUUCCAAUUCUCGCAUCAAUAAGCUUUUCGACCAUAAUUGCGUUUCUUGGAAAAACGUCUUAGGUCGAUUUCUAGGCAUCAUAAUUUUGUAGAAGUUGUUUUGAACUGUGGCAGCUGACUAUAUUGUUACUUCUAAUAAAAACUAAAGUUAUUAUUUUCAGUUCGUAUAAAUUACAUGGAAGGAAUCAAGAUAAUCAAAGCAUCUUUGACAUCUUUUCCACUCAAGCAUAACAUUAAAUAGUCAAAGAUAAAGUAUUCAUGAACCUACAGCUGUAUUUACCUAUUUUGUUCAUAACUUAAAAUGGAAGCUUUUAGCAUAUAGUACUUCAACACAAAAAUGCUUAUAAAAGCUGCAACUCAAGAAGUUUUUUACCACGUGCAUUUUUAAAAUCUUACUAUUCGGUGGUAAGCAAUAAAUUAUAUUUAAAACACAUUUUUUAGAGAUUCUCAGCAGGUAGUCUUGAUUGAUGCUGAAAACUCAUUAAUUUAUUUAUCUCUGUUAUUAUCUUUAUAGCCCAGUUUAAAUUUGUCUUGUCUGUAACAUAAAUUUUUAGAACGUAUUAGCAAAAUGACUGGCCACAAGAAGCGUUUGUCCAGAAAUGAAUGCCUGUAUCUCUGAGUCUUUUUAAAUGUGAUGGCAUAUUUGUGAAUAUUUUUUUCAAGUUAAUUCUACUGUGAAAGAGUAAAUUCUGUAUUGGUCCAGUUUCAAGUUUGCUAUGACCGCUGAAUUAAAGAAGUGAGGACUCAUUUUUUACAGGCUUAGCCUCCAUCUGAAGUAAUAUAUUCACAAAUUCCGACAAGAAAAAGACCUGUUUAUUACUGUCUAUUGUGUACAUUCAAAUUUCAAACACUUACUUUCCGGAAUUUCUGAAUAUUUUACUUUAUGUCAAUGCUAACCCUGUAUGAAUGUGUCAUUAAUGUUUGUAUUCAGCCAAAAUUUCCAAUUCAAAACUGGACUGUUCUUAAACAAUGACACUUUUUCAUUAUUGAAGACUUUUUUGUAAAAAAGCUGGAUCACUUGAGGUUUCUGGGAAACUGCCCACCUACCCCUCCCUUAAGUCAACAUUAACACUUACUUCUCACUUAGGACAAAAUGUGGGGUUAGGGGAGGGGUAGGACGUAAGUUUCCCAGAAACCUAAAUAGAUCCAAAAAGCUCUACAACUAAGUACCAGAUAAUAUUCUUGAACACAUUUUUUAAUAAUACAUGUAAUUUUUUGCUGUCCCAAAAAUAUGAUAGGAUAAGUUUAAUUUUCUGUAACUUCUGCAUUAGUUACAUAUAUGAAUAAGUGACUUGAGCUCUGAGAUAGAACUAAUAAAAGAAUCUAUCAAGUGUUUGAGUCAUUUUCCAGCUUUUGAUGUUUGAGUAAUAUUAAGAGAUCAGGACCAUGAGAGAGAGAUUUUUAAGAAAAUAUUUUUUUUGAUAAAAAUAAUUGUUUUUAUUAAAUCCUCUCAUCAAUUAUGAUAAAUAAAUCCAUCUUUCUACAAGAAAUAUUCGAGAAAGUUUUUUUCCAGAGGUUUACGAUCUUACUUUUAAAAGAAAAAUGAUUUUUUGGUUUAUUUCCUAGUACAAACCAGCUACUUGUCAGGAUAAAGCUGACAAUGGGGAUAUUGUCUCCGUUCACUAUACUGUAAGUACACUGGGUAAUAAGUAAUUAAUUGUUCUAACCUUAACUGUAAGGUGACCCUGUCCGAGUAGUACUAAAACUGGGUUGAGCUGUGUAGUUCUCUGGGAUUUCGUUGAGGUAGACUGUUAGUAAUAAACCCUUUUUCCGUCAUCUGAGUGGAAGACUUGGCUAGACCAGAGAGGGAAUGACCCACACAAGACCAAAGAACCCAAUGACCCAACUGGUGCCACCUUAUCCCCAGGUUUUCCAUCCUCUUUCAGUAUCAUUUUCAUUUGUUUUUCUUAGUGGCUGACAUUUUGUGAUACCACCACUGGUUUGAAUUCCUGACAGUGUGCCAUUACCGAGAUCUGGGUAUAAGUACUUCUGAUUGGUUGAGAAUUUGCCCCGGGGUACUCCCAUACAUUACCUAUAUGGGUAUGUGCCGCCCGACGGGGUCGUGAUUUUGAAGUUCCUGAUUUAGAAUGGGGUAUCCAUUUCAGAGGCGUUUUCUAGAAUGGGGUAUAAUAUUUCGAAUGCACGAAAGCUCCAGUUUUGUAAGCAGCCAUUUGAAAUUAUUCAAGGUCAGAUUGCGUUUAAAAAUAUGGUUCAAUGCGUUAAAAAGCAAACUGUUGUACUCUUUGCACCUUAGAAUGGAGUAUAAAAAACUGGCCCAUUUUUAGAACGGGGUAUCAGUUUUAGGGCAAAUUCUAGAACGGGGUAUCAAUUUUAGGGGAAUUUUUUUUAGAACGGGGUGCCAAUUUGGAGUCCCGGGUGGCGCAUACCCACCCAAAAAAUACCCAAGUGCCCCCGGGAAUUUGCCCAACCAAUCAGAAGAAGUCUACCCAAAUCUAAGUAGUGAUGCGUCAUCAGAGUGGAAUUUCUGUGCUUGUUCCCCAGUAAUCUUUUUUGGUGCAAAACUAGUGUUUGUGUUGCAAAAUGUUGGCUGUUUUCUCAGGAUAGCUUGUUUCUUUCUGAACAAAAACUGAUUUAACUCUAGCUAUUUUGGGAUGAUCCACAUUGAUUCCUUAAUGAUGGAGUUCCAAAAACUUCAAAAUAGAAUAAUCAUUCCUUUUUAAAUUUUUGAGGGAACUUUGGAAAAUGGACAAAUGUUUGAUUCAUCUCGUGCACAAGGAAGACAGCCACUUGAAUUUCAGCUUGGCAAAGGAAAAGUCAUAAAAGGUUAAUUCAAAUUCUAAGUAUAUUUUAGAAAUGAGAGCUGUUUGUCAUGUGAUAGAUACAUGUUUUUCACUUUGUCACCAUCUUUAUUUUCUUAAUCAGGUCUUAGCUAGGUUUGUCUCACAAGUUUUAAGGCGGACUCAUUUUCAGUGGUCAGUUGGCGAUUACCCAUUGGUGUUCUGGCUGUUACCCUGCGAGCAAAGGUUUCUCUCUUGAAGGGUGUUUAGCGUUUACAAAGUCAAUCAUUCACGUCACUUGUCAGUUGUGUUGUUGAAUUGUUUCAUAUGCCUCAGGAGAAGGUUUCUCCUGAAAAUUUCUGGGGGUAUAAAACAAACUACUUAAUAUCUAGCAAAAUCGAAGGAGACUCUGUUUGCAGGGUAAAACAAACCCUAUGCAGACCCUGCUCAUAAAAUGGGCCUGCUGUCUUAGAGGGGGAUGAAGAAAGAUGCUCGUGAUCAUGUAUCAUCUAAAGUGCAUUUAUUGUUUAGCUAAAAUUAACAAGGAAAAUAAUAGUUUUUCGCUGUUUUUCUCUUUUUUAACAGGAUGGGAGAUGGGAAUAAAAGGAAUGUGUAUAGGGUAAGGUUUUUUCCCUUUAAAAGCUCAUGUCACUUUCACUAAAAAGCUCAGUUUUGAGGUUUUGUAGUAUUACAACAUUUUCUGCAUGACUGAAUCUCCCUGUUUAAUAGUCCAGUUUCAAAUUAAAAUUACUGCUGAAUACAAACAUUAACGACAUAUUCAUAUAGGGUUAGCCUCGACAUAAAGUAAAAUAUUCAGAAAUUUCUUCAAGUAUGGGUAAGUGUUUAAAAUUUGAAAAUGCACAAGAGACAGAGUAAUAAACAGGCCUCAGUUGUUCAAACGUUGGAUAGCACUAUCCACCGGAUAAAUCACUAUCCAGUGGAUAAGGAUUAGGGAAACCAAUUACGCUAUCCGCUGGACAGUGAUUUAUCCGGUGGAUAGCGCUAUCCAAUGUUUGAACAACUGGCACCAGGUCUUCUUCUCAUGGGAAUUUGUGAAUAUAUUUACUUCAGGUGGAAGCUAAGCUUGCAAAAAAUGCGUCUUCAUUUCUUUAAUGAGCAGUCAAAGCAAAAUAGAAACCGGACUUUUUUUCUAAUUUUUUCCAUUUCUAGUGAGAAAAGGAAGUUGAUUAUUCCACCUCACCUUGGUUAUGGAUCACGGGGAGUUGAGAAUGUCAUUCCACGUAAGUAUAAAACAGCAAUACCUUUAUUCAUGAUCGUUACUUUAUCAUACCAUACUCCCACAUAGUAUGACAUCAUUUUUGUUUGAUUUUAUCCCUUUAAAGCCCCAAGCAAGUGCAUGCAACAUUGUUGGCCAACAACUCCCAACAUUUUUGGAUUUCACAGUGUGCAUCUGUUUGCACACCCUGUUGCAGGUUGUUGUGUGUUGUUGAACAAAGUUUGAAACAGGUCAACAACUCCUCAACAUUCUUAUUUGUUCUGUGAUCGCUGAAGCAUAGUGCAACAAUGUUGGAUCCGUUUGCACAGCCUUUCCGACAUUGUUGGGGACACGCACGUGCAUUACACAUGGUCUCCAAAGUCUUGUGGGCUAUAUCCUUCCCAUGAUGCACUGCAGGUCCCAACAUUGUUGGGAGUUGUUGCAUCCAUUUGCACUAUGUUGGGAGCUGUUGCAUCUGUUUGCACUUAGCUGAACUGAACACACAUCACUGAGCACUCUAAAACCUCUAAGUGAGUCCUAAAGCUGCAAUUUUUAACCCUUAGGCAAGACCACAAGGAUCCCUUCACUUUCAUGUCGGAGACCCACCUCAACCCCCCCCCCCCCCUAACCCAAGACUUUUAAACCCCAGAUUUCUCCAGAUGGAAGGAAGUAAAGAGAAGCAAAGCUCUGGCCCUGGUUGUUCAAAUAUGCCGGAAAGCCCUAUCCAAUGAAUAAACCAUUAAAAGAUACAUAUUAUGGAGACAAGUGCGCCAUUUGCACAAUGACGUCAUUUUACUACUACUUCCAGAAUCCAUCAGGGUUUUGUUUUCUUGUGCAAAAGAGGGCCUUUGUUCAGUUUGCUAUUGAAACCUCAAUGGGAAUAUCACAUUUAAACCGGAAGAUUGUUAUCCACUUUUGAACAACUUAAGGUCCUGGGCAAUAUUUUAUUAGUAAACUACAGGACACAUAAGAAAAACCACUCCAUUUUUGAGCCAGAAGGAAAAAGCUCUUAAUCGACUUGUAACUUUUUUUUGCUUUCACAGCAAAUUCAGUGCUAAUAUUCGCCACAGAAUUGAUGUCAAUUAGAAGAAAAUCUCCAUUUGAUCCUAGUGUACUGAUCCAGAUAGGUUUCUGGCCAGUGCUUGCAGUCUUGGUUAUGUAUUAUCUUUAUAGAAAGGCAAAAAGCGAAUCCAGCUCUUCCAAGCAUGAAGUAAAGUCGAACAAAAAGAAUAAAAAGAAAUAAACAGCUGCACAUUGCUAUUUAUAAGGUACAUAGAGAUCGUUCGAACUGAGAAAAAGCGCAACCUGAACAGCGACAAUGAUUUCUGUAUCUCCUAGUACAUUCGCUGUGGUUAACGGUCACGUCGCCCGAAAGUCAUCUCGCCCGAGGUUAUGUCGCGUUAAAUAAGAGUUAUGUCAGUUAUGUCGC